AUGCCACCAUUGACAAGAGCUGGACAGACGGGAAGGGGCGAUGAUGAUCAAGCAACCACAAGCAAUGGACAGGAGGAAGGAUGGCUCACGCAGGUAGUCAGGAUCCUCCAGCUGGCGAACCCAGCACUAAUGGCCGAGGAAGCGAUCAUGCAAGCUAUGGGCCUCAUCAGCAUUAGCAACCAGACCCCGCGCAGGGAGACCGAGAAGAUCCCCAAGGAGGUGUCGAGCGCCAUUGCGCACAUCAAAAAGCUCAGUGACAGCAACUGGCACACUUGGGAACCUACCUUCAUCGACUGCCUCCAAAGAGUACAUAAUGCGAAGGAGAUACUGUAUGGCACAGUGGUGCCUGGAAACGAGGAAUACGACGAAGACUUGGAUAAAGCCCUCGUGGGUCUCAUCCACGCCUGCUGCGACAACAGCCCAGACAGCCGUAUCGACACCUACACCAUCAGGGGAGCGGAUGAAGAAGUCCAGCUCGGCAGCACACUCUAUGCCAAACUCAAGAAGGCACUAACACUGAACGACGCUGUAAAGCGAGCAGGACUGCAGGAUCGCAAGGAACUCGAUUCGAUCUGGAACAAUGCAGCAUGCCUGGGAAAGCGUUUCGACGAGGACCUCAAGAAGUCAACUCUCUAUUGCUGCACGGCCCAAGAUUGGUUCUAUGCCAACGCCGUCGACGCACUGAAGAUGGCCAGACCAGACUGUAAGUAUGAUGAAGCCUACCACGCACUUGCCAAGAAACAGCAGGAUGGUGAGGUCACUGGCCGUAUUAGAGGAGCAGCAAGGGUUGCCACAAGCACGGAACAGGGGAGCACCAACCAGGCGGAGCAAGGACCCAGGGGCAGGCGCAAUCCUCGCAACCCCUCGGCCCCCCCAAAGUGCUAUGCUUGUGGAGGACCUAAUCACAUUGCUCAGAACUGCACAAACACCAACAAUAACCCCGCACCGAGUAGGGACGGACCCACCACCAAUCCAGCACAAGAAGCGAGUCGUCAGAUCUGUAUGGCUGGAAAUGAAAGGCUUCAAGUGAAGGCCAUAGGAGACGCCUCCCUUCGGGUUGGCAAUGUAACCAUUCAGCUAUUGGAUGUGCUCUACGUGCCGAAACUUAAUUCUAAUUUAUUAUCAGUACAAGGCUUGAUCAAGAAUGGUGCACAGGUAACUUUCGAUGAGUUUGGAACCAUCAUUAAGCAAAAUGACAGCACACAAAUACAAUACAAGAGGAACAGAAGAAAAGAGCGGUUCGAAGUACAGGGAAAGGCACUAGCCCUGGAGUUGGAAGAGACACUCGACGACAUCCCAGAGGGCAACCAGAACACAGGAAAACUAGAUAAUGCCCCAGAGGGCAAUAAGGACACGAAGCAUCAAGACAGCUACCUAUGGCAUGAGAGCCAAGGAAAACAGACUCGAGCACGGAUGGGCCAAUCAGAGUCGGAAAGAAUGGAGGCACCAUUAGAGCUGGUACACGUAGACCUGAUGACAGAUUUCAAAGGACAUGCCAACUACCACUAUGCACUAGUUGCUGUGGACGACUUCUCCUCUCUGAUCUACAUGGAACCACUCUGCACAAAGAGUGCCACACUCACGGCGCUGAGGAGGUGGAUAGCCAGGAUGGAAUGGGCAACGGACAGGAAACUCAAAACACUCCACAGCAACAAUGGAGGAGAAUGGUGCAGCAUAGCAGCCAAAGACUGGCAAACUCAAGAGGGUUUCAAGUGGCAAAAGAGCGUCCCGGGGAUCAGCAUCCAAAAUGGACGGGCGGAGAGAGCAAUCAGAGAGUUGUGGCCAUAUGCAAUCACAGCAGCAGCACACAUGAUGAACCUUACCCCAUCAGCCACCAAAACCAUCCCCCACGAGGCCUUUUAUGGAACCACCAUGCACAAGCUGGCCCAGCAGCUGCGAGUCUUCGGAUGCUUGGCAUGGGUUCAUGUUCAACAGAAGGACCAGCAAGGCAAGUACGGGGCUAGAGCAAAGCCAGCCAUCAUGAUUGGGUAUGACAACGAACACAAAGCAUGGAAGUUUUGCAACCUGGACCAGCCUGCGUCAAUUCAAUGGAGCAACUCAGCAACAUUCCAUGAGGACAAAGGAUGGAGUGAUCGCCAACAAGAGGCAGUCAGGCCCGUGGUGACCGCGGAGGUCAAGGAGGAGGGUGUCACGCCAGCCAUAGUGGAGGAGGAGACCAAAUCAGAGGCCGCAGUGGAGGAUCUCCUACCAGCUGUAGACAGCACAGUAGGCGCCGCCAACACAGCAAUACUGAACCUGGACCCAAUGCUUGGGGAAGCAAUGAAUGGUGAGGAUGCCCAGCUCUGGAAGGAGGCAAUACGAAAGGAGCUGGAAGGACUCGAGGCAAUGGGGACUUGGGAGGUGGUGCACCAACCGCCAGGAGUACCACUUGUGGACUCUAAGGUUGUGCUUCGGCUGAAGCUUGACGCUGAUGGUGUACCUGUUAAGCACAAGGCGCGACUGGUUGCAAGGGGCUUCACACAGAGAGAGGGGAUCGACUACCAAGAAACCUUCUCUCCACUCAGCACGAUCAAUAUCAAUGUUAUGAUGACACCAAGGUCUGGUGUGAGUGUUGAUGAUGAUGAGGUGGAUGGUGUUGGUGAUGAGAUUGGUGAUGUCGAUGAUAAUGAGGUUGAUGGUGUUGGUGAUAAGGUUGGUGGCGUCAACACGAGUGUCCAGUGUGUUGACUUGAUGCUUGAAGUGAUCCCCAGACCGCAGUGGACUACUGCCUUCGGUUCUAUCUAUAUCCGGACCGCUAACCUGCUAUGGGCGCCUUCGGACGUCAGGUAG